UACCCAUCAUUCUUUGGUGUAAACAAGAAAUGGCAGAAGAUUUACUUCCACUUUUAGGUGUUAACAUGGAUAACGAGGAUGGGGAGGAGGAUGAAGAUGUCGAGGGAGAUGAUGAAGAAGACAUGAUGGAUGAUAUUGAAAUCGAAGUAAAUAUAAAUGAUGAGGAUGGAAACAUACCAGACAGUCCAGUACAAAAACAAGAACUAAAGAAAUCUUCGAAAAAGUCACGACAACAACAAUCAAUACCAAUCACAUUUGAUUCUGCUCUUCCUACUUCACAUUCGUACUUAGGGAAUGACCUUGAGGAGGUGAGAGGUCGAACCAUCCACGAUGAUGAAUCUCUGGUAACGCUGCCCAUCAUCCAGUUACCAGGGAUGGUGUUGAUCCCUGGCCAAACCAUCCCUCUUCACCUGUUCCACCAGCACACAGUAGCUAUGAUCAAGGGUGUGGUGGACACUGACAAAACGUUUGGAGUUGUAGCCUACAGUCAUGAAGAUGGUGCCCACACUAUGGCGACCAUUGGAACUACAGCUGAGAUUUUCUCUGUCAGAGAUGAAACUGAUAAUGACACAGGAUUGUCGACAAUUAGGGUCAAAGCCAAAGGUCGUCAGCGCUUCCAUAUUGUUGACACAGAACGGUCCCCUACAGGGAUUUUAAUUGGUAAAGUGAAGAUACUACCAGAGAAAAUAUUGCCUGACUGUCUGGAAGGAGCCCGUCCUCCAUCCCAUUGUAAAUUCUGUUGUCCUUCUGACCGAGACAGUAUGGUCAAAACGUGUACAGCUGUUGACAGACAGGGAAACAUACUGACCAGUGUAGCAAUGGUCAGCAACCGACAGAUCAACAAGUUUACUGCUGCUUGCUAUACGUGGUGGCCGCCGUGGGUCUACAAAAUGUACGAUGCUGACCUGGUGAUGAAGAGGACUAAAGAGGAGUUACACAAGUGGAAUGAAACUCUGCGACCAGAGAACAUGCCCCAAGAUCCAGUCGAAUUGUCAUACUGGGUUACGCAGAACUUGCCCCUUGACGAUGGACUCCGGGUCAACCUCCUUAGUAUAGACAGUGCAGUACAGAGACUGCGAUGUGCUCUUAGCAUCAUAGAAAAGUGUUCUAUACUUUGCUGUAAAGGAUGUGGAUGCCAAGUAGCCAACAAAAGGGAUGUAUUUAGUCUCUCCAUUGAAGGACCCCUUGGGGCCUAUGUCAAUCCCGGAGGCUAUGUUCAUGAAACUAUGACGGUACAUAAAGCCCACAACUUGAAUCUAAUUGGACGACCUUCAACAGAACACAGUUGGUUUCCAGGGUAUGCUUGGACAAUCGCCCAGUGUCGACGCUGUAACUCGCAUAUGGGAUGGAAAUUCACCUCCACCCAGAAAGAAUUAAAGCCGCAGAAAUUCUGGGGACUUACCAGAUCCUCAGUAGUCCCAGGACUCCACAAUCUAGAUGAGGGUGAUGCGGAAUGGAUGCCUGUCAUGUGAUCAGGAAUAUGCUAUAUUUAGGAUGCGAUGAGAUUCCCGAGGAAAAAAACAUCCUCUGAGAGGAGAAUGAUAAACUGUACAUGUUUUUUUUUACUUACAUGUUCAGGAGUGGUCAUUGUACCCCCAAAAUCUCUUACAACAAUUAUGUUAAAACACUUGCUAUGUUUAUUGAUGGUGCUCAUUAUAUGGUCUGCAUAUUAAGUUGCUAAACAUCAUUGCUCUGAUAUCAUCAAAACACAACCAUGUUAUGGGCAGGUGGUGCAGUGGGUUUAUACUGCCAUACUUUCCUUUCACCACAAGGGCCAGGUUUCGGUCCCUGAUGGAAUGUGAUUGUCACCUUCCUGACCAUAUGGGUUUCUCAAAAAACACCGAUCGUAUUAAACUCCUAGCAUGCUUCCGACAAGAUUGGUUUAUAUAGAUUUAUAAACCUAUGGAACCCUGCAUGGUGAAUAUUAGCCAAAAUAUACCCCUGGCUCGACGGAAUUUCUCUUCAGCUCUUUAGUGUAAGAGUAGUAAGCCAGAGGUCAGCUGGGUUUGAUCCUUAGUGGAGACAUUGAAUUAGAUGUGAUUCAUCAUGACCUCAUUAUACUUAUUUUUUUCUUUGAUGUUGAUUCAUCUUUGAUUUUAAACGGCUACAAAUGGUGGUUGAUGAAGUUUAAAUCUGCUAAAAGUCACAUGGAAUAGAAAACAGAGUGGUAGGGAUAGUGUUUUUCUGUAGGAAUGGUAUGAUAUCAUGUUAGGAUAGGAUGUGCUAAUUAUAGAAAUGGUAGUCAUGUGAUCUUAAACAGGGAACUCUACAGUGAAGUUAUAUAUAAUUAGCUGUAUGGAUCCUUGCACCAAAUGGCUAUGUCUGAACAGCAUGUAUAACAUCAUGUGUGAUGCCGUCAGUCAAGAAACUUAAAACCUGUUAUGCUUGUACAUUGUAUGUAAAAGUCAUUGUGCUUGUACAUUGUAUGUAAAAGUCAUUGUGCUUGUACAUUGUAUAUAAAAGUCCUUGUGAUUGUACAUUGUAUGUAAAAGUCAUUGUGCUUGUACAUUGUAUGUAAAAGUCAUUGUGAUUGUACAUUGUAUAUAAAAGUCCUUGUGUUUGUACAUUGUAUGUAAAAGUCUUAUGCUUGUACAUGGUAUAUAAAAGUCUGGGGGGAAAACCAUGAAAUGUUUUAGAUUGAUUUAAUUGUCUAUGGCAUACAAUGUCAUUAGUCAAUAUAGCAUUGGAAAUUUAUGAUAUGUCAGCAUAAGAAGUGAAUUUUGUGUAUGUGAUAUUCUAUCUGUGAUACUGACUGCCAGUAAUGCUAGCUACAUGGUACAUUUGUAUGUUGUUGGUAGAAUCAAUUUCAGAAUUUGACAUUGAGGUGGCACAGUGGUUAGCCCCACAUUUACACCGAGAAGACUAGGACUGAUACAGGGACACUAGUCUGAUCAGUUAAAUAUUUUACCAGUUUCCUCCCAUAUUAGGAAUUAAGACCCCUGUGUGCUUCCAUCCAUUUUCAGCACCAUGGUGUGUCCUUUGAACUUUUUUUUUUACCAUGUGGCAAUGAAGUCCGUACGUUUGUACGUGACAAAAUUAUGGUGAAAAUGAUUAUCAUUUAAAUACAUUGUUUAAUAAAUCAUGAAAUGAUGUUUUA